ACAAAAGAUUCUUGGUUCAAUUCCCAUUGCAGCACUUCAUCACUCAAAUCUAGACUCCUGUGCAGUAUUGAGAAAGUGCUGCCUUAUGAGAGCUAAGACAUCUCCAAUGGUCAGGUCUCAGUCUCAUGACAGUCAUGAGGACUCUGAUCAGAGAAGUGGGGGAGAAAACACGAGUAAUGAUGAGUAGAAUCAUACAGCACGGAAAAGAGUAACACCACUGCUGCUCAGUCCACGAUUCAGGAUUCCACCAGACGUCAGCACCAGCUUCUAACGCCGAAAUGCCAAAAGGUGAUUACAUCAUGCCAGGAUCUUUUGGAACUGGAAGAAGUGGACUUUACCUCAGAUCAGAAGAGGCCAUUUGCAUUGUUCUUCUGGUUAUAAUCCUUGUAUUUCUAUUGGUCAUUGGAUGCUGGUACUACAGGAAACGUAAUGGAUACUUAGUUCUCCAGAACCGGCACUUAUCCAACACUGUCGUGGGUUCUUUGAUGGCUAGACACCAUGACAGUGAAGAAGGAACCCCACUGGAGAGUAAAUCAUCAUUGCAUGAUUUCACUAGCUCAAAUCUGAUUCCAAAUGCUCCUCCUGCAUAUGAGAAAAAUGCUUCAGAACAACUGCCACCAGCAUAUUCCCCUUAAAUUGUCAAAGGGUAUUAAUCCUGUGCUUCUGAUGAGUUAUUAUCCCAAACUUGGUUACGCAGCAAUGUAAUGUUUGUUUUCCGUAUGCAUUAAUUGCUUAAUACCUUUUUUUGCAUGAAAUAAACCAAAAGUAACUAACUUAAUUUGUACAAAAUUUAGGAUCACAUUCGGCAAGGCCCUUCAAAAAUUUCAUCAGACAAAAUAAUUGUUUGAAAUUUUAGUAACUGAAUUACACAGCACAACAAUGGUGAUGUCAUACACACUAGAUGUAUAUUACCACGUGAAUUACGAGUAGAGAGAAGCUCGGCUUUCUUCAUGAAGAUGGAAAGCAAGCUGUAAGUUUACAAAUCAGGAUUUGAUGUCCACGGAGGUCAACUUUGUUUCAAAAAACAAGCUAAAUAACAGAAUAACAGCAAACAUCGUAAUAUUAGGUUCCCUUCUAGUAAAAUUAGAAAAGGUAGACAAGCAAGAUUCACCUUAAUUGAGAUUUCUACAUUAAGUCCUAUGAAAAUUAUGGGGAGUUGAUUAUUGAGUCAGGCCGUGGAAUUGUAUUUUGCUUUUUAGCCAUCAGUUCAGUUAAGAAAAAAAUCAAGUGAAGAAAUCACUGGGAAGAACAUUAUGCUCAUAGGCUGUUUUCAGCAAGUAUGGUCAUGUUACAACAUACCUGGAUAGCAAACUGCCAGUUGCAACCAUGGCACUCCCAAAUGUACCAACAAUGGGGAAUGUAAAUUAAAACACAAAUCCGUUAGUUAAUUUCCUCCUCCCUGCUCACCCCACCCCUUGCCAACCCAGGUCCAUCUUGUAAUACAUCUAGCAUUGCUAAUGGCCUUCUACAAUUCAAAGAUAUUGCACAUUUGUUACAAAAAUUCUUUCCCAACCUGCACUAUUUAAACAGUGGGACAGAACUUGGUCAUUAUAUAUUAGCUAGUCAAACAUUAUAGGGAAGUAUAUCGGAUUUGACAUGAGGGACAGAGUGCCUGAUACUUCGAGAAAUGAGGUGAUUAGAACCAGCACAGACUGGAGCAGGGCAAGUCAUGGCUGAUUAACUUGGUGAAACGUUUCUGAAAGGUCACAAACAUGGUGGAUAACAUACUCUGUGGAUGUUAGCUCUAUGAACUGUAAACAAAAAAGCAUAUGAUAGAAAGGAGCAGAGUGAAAAUUUAAGCAAAAAGAAUUGUAAUUAUUCGAAUUAGGUCAGUUUUCUCUAGAAUUUAAAAGUCCGGCGUGGUCUGAUUGAAGUCUUGGUGAUAUCAUCAGUAAAAGGGAGGGUAGAUAAAAAAUAUUUCUAUU